CUUCAAUUCAAAUAGGUGCGCCAUAAACACAUUAGCAAGCUUCUGUUUGAAUGCACUCGAUUAUUGUACAGUCUUAAUGAUAGCUGCCUAAGACCACGACGACAUCUAACCACUUCUGUAUGCUGCUACCUAGAAUUUACCAGCUAUAAUCCCUCACCUGCUGCUUCUCUCUAAUAAUAUAUAAUACUCAACUCUUCAACCGCAUCAAUCAAUUACCUAUGGCUUAUCAACCCAAAUUUACUCUCCCUGCUUCAUUCUACUCCAAAAAGUACCAAUAAAAAUUACAAAGAAUGGCGUCUUUCCAGAGAGACGACAGAUUUUUCACCAAGGACUGGACCAUCACCCUUCCCUCUCGCCCAGAGCAAAACCUCAAAUUCAUCCGCCUGACACCCGCUGAGACAGACGCAUUUGUACGCUUCGCAGAAAGAGUCGUCAUCCCAUCGGCCCCAAACACCACCGAAGUCCCUCCUGCUGAGCCUCAAGCUCCAGCCCCCAUCCCUGGAGAAAGGAUGCAGAAGAACUAUGCCGAUUCCCGGACCAGACACCACGCUCUCGACGUAUUCAUGUCACUGGAAGGCCAAUUCGUAGGCUGGGGAGCUAUAUAUCAGAUCACACCCCCCGACGAAAAGCCAAGUGUCGCAAACGUUGCUAUCAGACUAAGCCCCGAGAUCCAAGGCAAAGGACUGGGAAAGGUGCUGCUGCAGGUCUUGCUGCGGUUGAGUAAUGAAGUGGAUGUGGACAUUAUUGAGGCGGGUACUAUGAAGUAUAAUAUCCCAAUGAGAAGAUUGGCGAAGAGCGUCGGUUUGGUUGAGACGGAUGAGGCGAAGGAACUCCCUGGGCGGGGAGUCGUGGCUGAUGUGCUGUUCAAGUACAUUGAGAGGGAGAAGUGGAGAGAUCUUGAUAUGGUGGUUGAAUUUAAGGACCAGGUUGUAACUAAGGAAAUAGGCAUGUAAAUAACAGGUCGUAAAAAUACUUAUAUACAUAUAUACUGUAUAUUUUACUA